CAGAGCCUCCGGCAGCAGCUGGCCGCGGGGAGGCGGGAGCGGCCGGGAGGCCGGAGGCCGGCUGUGCACCCAGAUCAGUCAGCGCUGAAGAGGAGCCGGAACCAUGGCAGGGAGGUCCCUCAAGAAGUCCUCCACGCCGGGCGUGAACAUCUGGCAGCUGGUGGAGGAGGUGCCCAAAGGCUGCAGCACACCCGACUUCGUGCAGAGGCCCAUCGCCUUGGCGCUGCAGGAGGGGAAGACCGCCACCUUCCGGGCUGUGGUCUGCGGGGAGCCCAGGCCCAGGGUGCGCUGGCACUGCUCCAAAGGGGACCUCAGCAGCUCCAGCAAGUACCAGGUCUCGUCCAGCACGGGCAGCAGGGAGCACGUGCUGCAGAUCAGUAAGCUGACCGGCGAGGACACGGACGUGUACCGCUGCACCGCCGUGAAUGCCUAUGGAGAGGCCACGUGCUCAGCCAGGCUCACGGUCAUCGAAGUUGGCUUUCGGAAGAAUCGGAAGAGGCCCAAGGAGCCCCAGGAGGACUUCAGGAAGGAGCUGGUGGACUUCCGCAAGAUGUUGAAAAAGAGGGACCCGCCUCCCGCCCCCAAGAAGAAGGUGGACAUGGAACAGGUGUGGCAGCUGCUGAUGACGGCGGACCGGAAGGACUACGAGCAGAUCUGCCUCAAGUACGGCAUCGUGGACUUCCGCGGGAUGCUGCGGCGGCUGCAGCGGAUGAGCAAGGAGCGCGAGGAGAAGCUGGCGCCGUACCUCAACACCAUUGCCAACCUGAGACAUGUCCGAGUCAACAAGGAGGGGAUCGCAACCUUUGGCCUGGAGCUGGACCUCAAGAGUCCUGAGAGCAAGAUUUACCUGUACAAGGAUGGCAAGAUGGUCCCCUGUGGCUUCGACAACCAAACCAAGCACUGUCUGCGGCGUCUGGGGAAGCACUACCAGUUCCAAAUUCAGGACCUGCAGCCAGAGGACGCCGGCAUUUACCAGGUCCGGGUGGAGGAUGCCCACGUCUUUUCCACGGAGCUGGAGGCCAGCGCCAUCCCGCCCCGCGUGGUGGUCCCACUGGCCGACGUCCGCUGCGAGGAGCAGGGGGACGCUGUCUUCGAGUGCACCCUGUCCAACCCCUGCCCCAGCGCUGCCUGGAGGUUCCAGCACCAGCCUCUCCACCUCAGUGACAAGUACGAGGUGUUCGUGUCCCCGGACGGGCGGACCCACCGGCUGCUGGUGCGAGGGGUCCGCUUCUCCGACAUGGGCCUCUACUCUCUGGGCACCAAGCUCCACGCCUCCAGUGCCUGGCUGGUGGUGGGAGCUGGGAAGGAUAAGAGCCUUCUGACCGCAGACGCUGACCACCAGAGGCAGGCACAAGAAGGCCAGAGCCCAGAAGAUUUCAGGAGCGCCCAUGGGGAGGGGGACAGAUCCAGAGAGGGGGUCCCCACGGGGAGCUUCCUCCAGAGAGCUGGGCUGGCCUCUGGGGCUACAGCCAGCCCAGACAGGGGCAGCCUGGGAGGGCCUGGUCACUCCUCAAUGGGGGACGAGGAGGCAACUCAUGCAGCCUGGGGCCCUGGACAGGCCAGAGAGGGCUUUCUGGAAGAGGAGGGAGGCAGAGUCCCGGUUCUUGGGGUCGACCAGCUCCACGGAGGGAGAGAAGGGGACUGGAGCCUUCCGGGGGGCUUAGGAGGGGGCUUGGAAUCUGGGCUGGGACUCACGGGAGGCCAACAGCGAGGUCGCCACAGAGACGGUGCAGAGCCAACGGGAGCAUGGGAGGCGGGGUCCUGGCAGCCUAAGGCUGGAGGGCUGGGGGAGCAGGCCCCGUGGGGAGCCCAGGCUGGUCCUGCAGGGGCUGGCUUAGAAGGGCAAGGGUCAGAGAUUCUGCAGGGGGAGAGCCUGGGUGAGCUGAGGGGAGGGCACAGCCUGAGUGGUGGGGUGGGGAGAGGCAUGGCAGGCCCAGGGUGGGGCCACAGGGCUGGCCCGGGGGGCGCUGGAGGCAGCCGUGGGGCAGGGGAUCCCGGAGCGCUGGAGCCUAUAGGAGGAUGGGGCUCCGGCUCCAUGGCAGGCGGGGGCCCUGAGUCCCGGGGCUCUGAGAAAGGGAGUGCUGCUGACCACGGGGAUGCAAGGGGCUCCUGGGGCUCAGGGGCAUCUGCAGGCCGGCACCUCCAGGAGCCACCUGUAUCUGGGGGUGAAAGCUUCCUCCAGGGGCGCGGGGCUCCUCAGGCCAAAACAGGGACAGAGGCAGAUGAUGGAGGCCCAGGGGGUCCCAGGGGCUGGGGAGGUGGCCCACGGGGGCUCAGGGCAGGGGAGGGCCCAGAGUCAGUGGGGGCCUUGGGUGAGGUGGGCCGAAGCUCCAGCGGGGCCCGGGAUCGGGCCGCCGGUCGGAGGGCUCCAGGCAAGGCUGUGGGCCCAGGCCCUUGGGAUGUGACUGGGUCUGAUCCCAGCAAAACCGGGGCCCACGGCAGGCCUGGAGUGCUAGUGUCCGGUGGGGAGCAAGGGGGUGAGGGUGGCCCCCAGGCGGCGGGGCUGACCGGGUCUGAUGCCAGAAGCCACAGGCUCAGUGAGUCUUCAGGCCCUGGUGGGACCCAGGAAGACACAGACGGGUUGAGAGGCUCAGGGGCCGUGGGGUCUGAGCCAGGUCUCUGGGAUGGGUCCCAGAGCUCCAGAGAGAAAGCACCCAGAGGUGGGGUGGGCCACGUGGGUGGCCUCGGAGGCCCAGAGGGGAUGGAGUCUGGGCUGGGUGAGAGCUCCGGGUACCCCGGGGGAGCAGGCCCGGCCUAUAGAGCUGGUUUCAGUGAUGGCUUAGGUGGGCCAGGAGCCGCAGGUUUCAGCCGUGCUAGGGGCCCGGGAGGAGCAGAGUCUUGGGACAGGGCUGCUGGCAGCUGGGGCUCCGAGGUGCCCGGGGGCAUGUGGUCUGGAGGCAGAGAUGGUCAUGGUCCUGCAGGAAGGGCGUCUGAGGGACCUGCAAGCCUCAAGGAUGGCUCGGGCGGCCCAGACAGGGGCCCCAUGGGCAGGAGCGGGGUGUGUGCAGAGGCUGGGGGCACCUCCAGAGGCUGGGGAGACAGCGGCCCUGGGGGCAAGCAUCUUCCUGGAGGCCUGGGCCAGCCUGGGACAGCGGGGUCAGUGGGGAGAGGUGGCCUGGGGGCCUCAGCUGCAGCAGAGACUGUUGGGGAGGGACGCGCAGGGGCAGAGCCGGGGGGCCGGCGGGGAGUGGGGCCUUGGGGUCAGACUGGAGAUGAUGGAAGCUGCAGAGCCCUGGGGGGUCUGGGGGCUUCUGGAGAAGGAGCGGGUGAAGACGGCUCUGGGGUGUCCGGGUCUCUGCGAGGGGCAGGCCAAGUGCAUGACAGGGGUGGAGCCAGAGGCCUCGGUGUGGGGGUCUCUGGAGCUGGGGCUGGUCCCGGGGGCACUCACGGGGGCCCCCAGGUGUUAGCGUCUCACGCUGGGGUGGCCGUUGAGGGCCGGUGGGCUGAUGUGUCCGGUGAACCGCUGGGCUGUGGGGAUGGGUCAGGCGCUCUAGGGCCUCAGUCAAUAGGAGGCAGGUCAGCUUAUGGAGGAGGGUCCAGGGGUCUUGGGCCUGGUCGGGUAGAGCUAGUCGGGGAGGCGGCCUUUAGAGAUGGUGUGGGGGGCCCUGGAGGAAUAGGGGCAGGGGCUAAGGCGGGUCACACGGGUGGUUUGAGGGGUUCUGGGGAGUCAGGGUCAUGGGGUGAGGCAGGCUAUAGAGAAGGUUUAGGGGGUUCUGGAGGAAUGGGGGCAGGGGCUAAGGCUGGUUAUGGAGAUGGUUUAGGGGGUCCUGGGGGUUUUGAUUCAGGGGCUGAGGCUGGUUAUCGGGAUGGUUUAGGGGGCUCUAGGGGAGUUGAUUCAGGGCCUAAGGCUGGUUAUGGAGAUGGUUUAGGGGGUUCUGAAGGAAUGGGGGCAGGCGCUAAGGCUGGUUAUAGGGAUGGUUUUGGAGGUUCUGGGGGUUUUGAUUCAGGGGCUAAGGCUGGUUAUAGGGAUGGUUUAGGGGGUUCUGGGGGAGUUGACUCAGGGACUAAGGCUGGUUAUGGGGAUGGUUUAGGGGGUUCUGGGGGAGUUGACUCAGAGGCUAAGGCUGGUUAUGGGGAUGGUUUAGGGGGUUCUGGGGGAGUAGAUUCAGGAGCUAAGGCUGGUUAUAGAGGUGGUUUAGGGGGUUCUGGAGGAAUGGGGGCAGGCGCUAAAGCUGGUUAUGGGGAUGGUUUAGGGGGUUCCAGGGGUGUUGACUCAGAGGCUAAGGCUGGUUAUGGGGAUGGUUUAGGGGGUUCUGGGGGAGUAGAUUCAGGAGCUAAGGCUGGUUAUAGGGGUGGUUUAGGGGGUUCUGGAGGAAUGGGGGCAGGUGCUAAGGCUGGUUAUAGGGGUGGUUUAGGGGGUUCUGGAGGAAUGGGGGCAGGCGCUAAAGCUGGUUAUGGGGAUGGUUUAGGGGGUUCUGGGGGAGUUGACUCAGAGGCUAAGGCUGGUUAUGGGGAUGGUUUAGGGGGUUCUUGGGGAGUUGACUCAGGGGCUAAGGCUGGUUAUGGAGAUGGUUUAGGGGGUUCUGGAGGAAUGGGGGCAGGCGCUAAGGCUGGUUAUGAGGAUGGUUUAGGGGGUUCUGGGGGAGUAGAUUCAGAAGCUAAGGCUGGUUAUAGGGGUGGUUUAGGGGGUUCUGGAGGAAUGGGGGCAGGCGCUAAAGCUGGUUAUAGGGAUGGUUUAGGGGGUUCCAGGGGUGUUGACUCAGAGGCUAAGGCUGGUUAUGGGGAUGGUUUAGGGGGUUCUGGGGGAGUAGAUUCAGGAGCUAAGGCUGGUUAUAGGGGUGGUUUAGGGGGUUCUGGAGGAAUGGGGGCAGGCGCUAAAGCUGGUUAUGGGGAUGGUUUAGGGGGUUCUGGGGGAGUUGACUCAGAGGCUAAGGCUGGUUAUGGGGAUGGUUUAGGGGGUUCUGGAGGAAUGGGGGCAGGCGCUAAGGCUGGUUAUGAGGAUGGUUUAGGGGGCUCUGGGGGAGUAGAUUCAGAAGCUAAGGCUGGUUAUAGGGGUGGUUUAGGGGGUUCUGGAGGAAUGGGGGCAGGCGCUAAAGCUGGUUAUAGGGAUGGUUUAGGGGGUUCUGGGGGAGUUGACUCAGAGGCUAAGGCUGGUUAUGGGGAUGGUUUAGGGGGUUCUUGGGGAGUUGACUCAGGGGCUAAGGCUGGUUAUGGAGAUGGUUUAGGGGGUUCUGGAGGAAUGGGGGCAGGCGCUAAGGCUGGUUAUGAGGAUGGUUUAGGGGGUUCUGGGGGAGUAGAUUCAGAAGCUAAGGCUGGUUAUAGGGGUGGUUUAGGGGGUUCUGGAGGAAUGGGGGCAGGUGCUAAAGCUGGUUAUAAGGAUGGUUUAGGGGGUUCCAGGGGUGUUGACUCAGAGGCUAAGGCUGGUUAUGGGGAUGGUUUAGGGGGUUCUGGGGGAGUAGAUUCAGGAGCUAAGGCUGGUUAUAGGGGUGGUUUAGGGGGUUCUGGAGGAAUGGGGGCAGGGGCUAAGGCUGGUUAUGGGGAUGGUUUAGGGGGUUCUUGGGGAGUUGACUCAGGGGCUAAGGCUGGUUAUGGAGAUGGUUUAGGGGGUUCUGGAGGAAUGGGGGCAGGCGCUAAGGCUGGUUAUCAGGAUGGUUUAGGGGGUUCUGGGAGAGUUAAUUCAGGGGCUAAGGCUGGUUAUGGGGAUGGUUUAGGGGGUUCUGGAGGAAUGGGGGCAGGCGCUAAGGCUGGUUAUGGGGAUGGUUUAGGGGGUUCCAGGGGUGUUGAUUCAGGAGCUAAGGCUGGUUAUAGGGAUGGUUUAGGGGGUUCUGGGGCUGUUGAUUCAGGCACUAAGGCUAGUUAUCGGGAUGGUUUAGGGCGUUCUCGGGGAGUUGAUUCAGGGGCUAAGGCUGGUUAUCAGGAUGGCUUAGGGGGUUCUGGGGGAGUUGAUUCAGGGGCUAAGGCUGGUUAUGGGGAUGGUUUAGGGGGUUCUAGAGGAAUGGGGGCAGAGGAUGGUUUGGGGGGUUCUGGGGGAGUUGAUUCAGGGGCUAAGGCUGGUUAUCGGGAUGGUUUAGGGGGUUCUGGAGGAAUGGGGUCAGAGGCUAAGGCUGGUUAUAGGGAUGGUUUAGGGGGUUCUGGAGGAAUGGGGGCAGGGGCUAGGGGAAUGGCGUCAGGGAGUAAGGGAGGUUACAGGGGAGACUCAAAAGGACCUGUGGCAAUGGGGCCAGAGGAUGAGGUGGGCUUCAGGGAUGGUUCAGGGGGAUUUCGAGGAGUAGGCUCACCGGCUGGGGUGGGAGAGGACGGUGGACUCAGAGGCCAGGAGAUCAUGGGGCAUGGCUCGGGAUACUGGGCGGCCUCAGAGGGGCCUUACAGUGGCACGAGCCCCAAGGAUGGUCCAGAGGCGGGCAGAGGGACGGGGCUGGUGGGAGGCACAGGUGCGGGGCUGGGCUCUGGCAUAGCCGGACGUCCAGGUACCGUGGAUGGUGUAGCUCAUGAGGACGGCCCCAGGGGCCCAGGGACGCUGGGGGUUCCGGGAGGCCCGUCGAUGCUUUCAGAUGGGUGGGGUCCCGAGAGUGGUUUGAGGGGCUCUGGACACGCAGGCACCCCUGAGGCGUGGGGGGCUGUGAGUUCUGAAGGGAAGUCAGGUAUUACAGGGCAGCAAGACGGCUCUGGGUUCCCAGGGUACCCCGGGCAUAGAGGGGCUCCCAGUGGGGAGGGCGGGGCUUCCGGGGUCCCUGAUGGUUGGGGGGCAUUGCAGGGCGAGACCUGGGCAGAGUCAGCUGCUCAGGAAUCCACUCGUGACCAGGACUCCUGGAAAUCAGGUCCAGGGGCAGCAGGCAGGGGUCUGGCAUCUGCCCCGGGAGCACUGGCCCCUCAGGGUGCCGGGGCUGCACAGCUGGGUGGCAAGAGGGCAGUGGCCGGACGAGGGGCCCCUGUGGGCACAGGCCAGGGUCUGGACGGCAGCCAGUUGCCCGCAGAAAGGGGCAGAUCCACAUCGGGGCCUGCCGGUGGGCGUGGGGAAAGACACGUGUGGGGCCCAGGCGGGGAAGACUGGGGGUCUGGCCAGGACAGCUCUGGAGGCCCCUGGGCUUCGAGCUCCCUCCAGGGGGAAGAUGUCAUUCGCAGGGGGACCCAAGAAAGGCCAGAAGGCUCCUGGGGCUGGGAGGGGGCUCCAGAUGGAGAGGAGGCUGGUGGGGGGCAAAGCCCAGGCUUCUGGGAUAGCAAAGCUUCGGGUCUGGGAAGGAGCAGGGCUAGCGGCCCAGGGGACUCAAGUGUCCCCAGAAAGGGGACUUCUGCUGGUGGGGAGGACAGCUCCUCCCGAAAGCCCGGGGGUUCGGGACGACAGGGAGCCCGGGAUGGCUUGGAUGGUCGCUAUGGCAGAAAAGAGCCUGGCGAUGAGUCGUGGGGUCAGGGGCCUGGUGCUUCGCCGGGCGCAGAACACAGGAGAGGAAGGGGCUCCCUGGACGCUGAGGAUGACAGGGCCCACGGCCCAGAGGCCCUGGCAGAGUACGAGGCGGUGGAUGAGGCCGGCGUGGCAGAGAGGAGGCUGGGCCCGUACAGGAGCAGGACUCAGACCUGGUCCAGGGUCGAUCCUGGAGCAGCAAAGCGAGGGGGGGCGGACGAGGCCAGAGACCUGGGGCAGCCGCCUGGCGGAGAGGACACGGGGUACCCUGGGGAGCCCCUCGGCCGCCUGGGCAGCGGCAGAGCUGGCAGAGACGGCGGGUCAGACGCCUACGGCCGGAAGAGGGACGCCACCCUGAGCCCCAGAUCCAGACGCAAGCCUGGCACUGGCGGCUUCUCUGAGGACACCCGAGGCCCCGCCAGCCACUUCUCCCAGGGCCUGGCUGACACAGAGGUGGAGCGUGGGGAGGCCGCCGUGCUCUCCUGCACCCUCACACGCAACCUGGGCCCCGGAGCCUGGUUUAAGGACGGAGUCAAGCUCAGCGCCCAGGACGGAGUCGCUUUCAAGCAGGACGGGCUGGCGCACAGGCUAGUCAUCACCCAGGCGGACGGGACGCGGGCUGGGAGGUACAGCUUUGCAGCCGGCGGCCAGCAGAGCGAGGCCACGCUGACCGUCCACGACCCCCCAGUCAUCACUCCGGACGUCACCGCGCAGCUGAGGGAGCCAUUGGUGGUCAAGGCUGGGAAGCCAGUGACCAUGAAGGUCCCCUUCCAAAGCUGCCUCCCGGUCCAGGCCACCUGGAGGAAGGAUGGGGAGGAGGUGGCCAGCAGCAGUGGCCGUGGCGCCCAGGUGGCCGUGGGGGACGGCUUCACACGGCUGUGCCUCCCCAGCGCCAGCAGGCAGGACUGCGGCCAGUACGGCGUCACCCUGAGGAGCAAGGGCGGCUCCACGCAGGCCGAGCUCACCCUGCAAGUCCUAGACAAGCCCCAGCCGCCGCAGGGCCCCCUGGAGGUGCAGGACAGCCAUGGGGCUGGAGUCCACCUGUGCUGGCGGCCCCCGAAGGACGACGGCGGCCGGGCCCUGCAGCGCUACGAGGUGGAGCGGCGGCAGGCCGGCCGGAGCUCGUGGCUGAAGGUGGGCGAGCCCCGCUCAGACAGCACCACCUUCACGGACGCCCACACGGAACAGGGCAAGAAGUAUGCCUACCGCGUGCGGGCCGUGACUGCGGAGGGGCCCGGGGAGGCCCUGGAGUCCGAGGAGGUGCUGGUGGCACCUGAGGCUCGGCCUGGGCCCCCACCCCCGCCGUCCAUCCUAUCGGCCUCCAGCCAGGGCAUCACUCUGUCCUGGACGGCGCCCCGGGGUCCCGGCAGCGCCCACAUCCUCGGCUACCUGAUUGAGAAGCGCAAAAAGGGAAGCAACACCUGGGUGGCUGUGAACCAGGAUCCAGUGCCCGAGAAGAAGUGGACGGUGGGGGACCUGCGGCAAGGCUGGCAGUACGAGUUCCGGGUCACGGCCGUGGCCCCCUCCGGCCGGGGAGAGCCUGGACCCCCGUCGGAGGCCGUCUUCGCCCGCGACCCCAUGAGACCCCCAGGGCCCGUGAGGGAUCUCCAGGUCACGGACACGUCGCACACCAGCAUCACCCUGAGCUGGGCUCAGCCCGACACCCAGGAUGGGGACGAACCGCAGGGCUACGUGGUGGAGCUGCGCGGCUCGGCCAGCCUGAAGUGGAGCCCAUGCCACGCGGGCACAGUGCAGGGCACCACCUACACGGCCAAGGGGCUGCGGCCCCGGGAGAGCUACCUGCUGCGGGUGACGGCCGUGAACGAUGGGGGCCCUGGCCAGCCCACUGCCCUGGGCUCGGCGGUGGAAGCCGCGCCCGCCUCGGUCCGCCCCAAGUUCCGCACAGAUGCCGGCAUGAAGGACUUGCUGACAGUCAGAGCUGGGGACACGGUCCGUGUGCCCAUCUACUUUGAGGCCGCGCCCAUCCCGGAGGUGACCUGGCUGAAGGAUGGCUUGCCCUUGCCUAAGCGGAGUGUGGUCUCCGUCAAGGACGGCCUCACCCAGCUCCUGGUCCCGUCGGCCAGCCUUGACGACAGUGGCGUCUACACUGUGGUGCUGAGGAGCCUGCGCGGGGAGGAGGCCACCUACAGCUUCCGCCUCAGGGUGACAGCGCGCCCGCGGGCGCCAGGGCCCAUCGUGCUGCGGGAGGGCACGCUGGGCUCGGUGACCAUCGAGUGGGAGCCUUCCCCGGACGAGGCGGAGGCGGGCGCCGCGCCGCUGCACUACGCGGUGCUGAUGCGCACCUCGGCCCACGCGCCCUGGUGUCCGGCGGCCGAGCGCCUGCACAACUGCCGCUUCACCCUGGUGGGCGUCCUCCCGGGCCACGAGUACCACUUCCGCGUGGUGGCCAAGAACGAGCUGGGCGACAGCGAGCCCUCGGACACGCGCCAGCCCUGGGUCGUCCCGCGCCAGCCGCCUGACAAGGUCGCGGCGAGGGCCCCGAGCUACCGGGAGCCCGACCUGAGCCAGAAGCCGCGCUUCCUGGUGGGCCUGCGCCCCCACCUGCUGCCCCUCGGCAGCGAGUGCUGCAUGACCUGCGCAGUGCAGGGCCAGCCGCGCCCCCACGUCUCCUGGUUCAAGAACGACCAGAGCCUGGCCAACCACCCCGCCGCGUACACCACCGACGUGAUGGGUGUGUGCUCCCUAGUCAUCCCCAGCGUCUCCGCCACGGACGGCGGCCAGUACAAGGCGGUGGCCGAGAACACGCUGGGCCAGGCGGUCAGCACCGCCACGCUCAUCGUCGUGGAGCCCAGCGAUGAGCCCCGCCGCACCCUGGAAUGGCCCUGCCCGGCCCCUCAGCCACUGGAUGACCUCGGAUCCCUGAAGCUCCACUCCUCACACCACACCCGCCUGGGGAGCCCAUCCAAGGGGGUGGAGGAUGCUGGCCAUGCUCAGAGCCUCAGGGGGAGGCGAGCGAGGGGGAAGCUCCUUCAGGGGGGUACGGAGGCUUCGGGGAAGACACAGAAGAAGCAGGCGUUCAGACUCCCAGCCUUGAGCUGAGUCUCUGGACAGCACGGCCACAAGGCUCCCGCUUGGGGAUCGGAAGGCAGGGGUCUGUCUGCAGGAUGGAGCCUAAGUCCUCGAUACCCUGGGCUGGGCUGUUAGAGGGAGGGCGGGAAGGGCUGGGUCCGUGUGUCCAUGGUGAGGGGAAAGCGAGGGGUCAGAGCACCUGGGCGGGGCCGGGGCUGGAUGGCGUGUGUGUGUGUGUGUGUGUGUAUGUGUGUGUGUGUGUGUGUGUGUAUAUGCAUGCACGCUAGGGGGAGACGCUUUCUGUAUGCUGUUUCUUCAUUAAAACGCUGGCUAACACAGACAAACCCUCUGCAAAUGAAUUUGGGGUUUGCAUACUGGGGAGA